GAAAAAUACGACAAGCUGCUGUUUGAGUUGUGGGAAGAUUAUUGAAAAUUACGGAUCUGGAACCGCUUGAAGCUGGGUUAUUCAUUAACUGGUUAAAUAGGAGCGAGACUUUCGUGAAGAUUGUCGUAACAAAUGCUACUUCUUGAUGUUUGCCCAACAAACGACAGGGCGGAAAACCAGUUAUGAGUGGUCGUGUCCCAGUUCGGAAGUGGUUGUGAUCAGACAAAGGCAGGAACAAGAAGUUACACUCAACUCGCGGAAGAAAAAGGAUGGAGAAAAAGAUCAACAAGAAUGUGUUGAAAAAUUUGUCUGAUUCAGGUUUACAACUAAUGGAAUAAACAUCGCAGUUUACUAGUGAUAAUAACAUUAAGUUCAACUUAGAGAACGUUCCCCCUUUACGGCUAGUGAUAGCAAAUCCACCCUGUGUUUUAGAAAUUUUGGUGAACUGAAAUCUAUCGAUGUCGAUUAAGUUUCAUUCUGGAGUGCAGUGAUAAUCAGUGAAAAAUCAUCAGCAUCCGUGUCGUGUUGUGCGUGCGUCAUUUAUAUGAUAGUAGCUUGGUCCUCUUGAAAGUAGAUAGUGAGUGGUAGCUAUAAUCAACGUAUCAAGUCAAUUGGAGCCAGGGUCGAAGGAAACCAAUUGACCAUCACGUGCGGACGUAGCAGAAUAGGAGCAACUGGCUGAAGAUGAAUGCCUCCGAUCAUGGAUUCAAUCCAGCAUUUAAUAUGGCCACAAUAAGACAGGCCAUCAAUGAAACUAUAGAACGAGACCUUGGUGUUCUUCUCAAAACAGUUCGCAUCCCGACGCCGACCCGACUGCGGGAUCUGAUCCGACAGAUCCGGGCUGCCAGAACGGGUGCCGAGGAACGGGCGGUGGUCAAUCGGGAGUGCGCCUACAUCCGCAGCACAUUCCGCGAGGAGGACUCGGUGUGGCGAUGUCGAAACAUUGCCAAAUUACUCUACAUUCACAUGCUCGGCUAUCCGGCACACUUUGGUCAGCUCGAGUGCCUAAAGCUCACCGCGAGCCCACGGUUCACAGAUAAGCGGAUCGGUUACCUGGGCGCGAUGCUGCUGCUGGAUGAACGACAGGACGUGCAUUUACUAAUCACAAACUGUUUGAAAAAUGAUUUGAACAGUCCGACACAGUUUGUGGUAGGUCUGGCACUGUGCACCCUCGGUGCAAUUGCCUCCCCGGAGAUGGCACGGGAUUUAGCCGGAGAGGUGGAGAAAUUGAUGCGUUCACCCAAUGCAUACAUUAGGAAAAAAGCGGCUCUCUGUGCGUUUCGAAUCAUCAAGCGGGUGCCGGAGCUGAUGGAAAUUUUUCUCCCAGCCACCCGGUCGCUGCUGAACGAGAAAAAUCACGGUAUCCUCAUCGCUGGUGUCACGCUAAUUACAGAAAUGUGCGAAAAAAGUCAGGAUACGCUAACUCACUUCAAAAAGGAUAGUGGAAACCAAGAGAUUGUCCCCAACCUGGUGCGAAUCCUGAAGAACCUGAUACUGGCCGGAUAUUCGCCCGAGCAUGACGUCAGUGGAGUGAGUGACCCAUUCCUGCAGGUUAAAAUUCUCCGGCUUCUGAGAAUACUUGGCCAUAACGAUCCAGAUGCUUCCGAGGCGAUGAACGAUAUUCUGGCCCAGGUUGCCACCAACACCGAGACGAGUAAGAACGUUGGCAACACAAUUCUGUACGAGACGGUGCUGUCGAUAAUGGAUAUCAAAUCCGAGGGCGGCCUCCGCGUGCUGGCAGUGAACAUUCUGGGACGAUUUCUGCUGAACAGUGACAAAAAUAUUCGCUACGUGGCCCUGAACACGCUACUCCGAACGGUACACGCCGAUAUUUCCGCCGUCCAGCGACAUCGUAGUACGAUUCUCGAAUGUCUCAAGGAUCCGGACGUGUCGAUACGACGUCGCGCAAUGGAACUGUCUUUUGCGUUGAUCAACUCCCAGAACAUUCGAGCAAUGUCGAAGGAACUGCUGAUCUUCCUGGAGAAGGCGGAUGCAGAUUUCAAAGCCCAAUGCAGCAGUAGGAUGGUGCACGUGGCCGAGCGGUACGCUACGUCGAUCCGUUGGCGCCUGGAUACGCUACUGAGUGUCCUGAUCGCGGCUGGUAACUAUGUCCGGGACGAUGUCACGUCUUCCACGAUUCAACUGAUUCUGAACAGUCCACCGGAGGAGCAAGCCUACAUUGGUCUGCGGUUGUGGGAUUCUCUCCAUAACAUCACAAAUUCAUACGAAGACAAACAGCCAUUGUUGCAAGUGGCAGUUUGGACGAUCGGCGAGUACGGAGAUUUGCUGCUUAGUAGCGAACGUCUUGAAGAUGUUGAAAUUCCUGCAGAGAGUGAGCUGGUGGAUCUGUACCAGAAGCUGCUGUGGGGUACCUCGGUAUCGACAACCAGCAAGCAGUACGCGCUCGUUUCGUUGGCCAAACUUAGCACCAGAAUUCAAUCUAAGGAUGAGGAAGCUAAGGCAAAGCAGAUUAUUGAAGCAUUCGGCACUCACCUGCACAUUGAUCUGCAACAACGGGGUGUAGAAUUCUCUCAACUCUUUCUUGAGUACAGUCACCUGCGUCCUGCAUUGCUAGAGAAAAUGCCUAAGAUUCAGAAAUCACUAACGAACGGAACUGAUAAUGGCGGCAUUUAUGACGAUCACUCCAACAGUAUCGAUCUGAUUGAAAGCGGAGUCGAUGAUCUGGAAAUUAGUGGGUUCGUUUCCAGCAGCAAUACCAAGAUCGGGUCUGACUCGAAUGCUCUUCUGGACCUUCUUGGUGGAAGUGACGAUCCGGUAGAAAGCAUCGGGCUAGUUUCCGCACCAAAUACCAUCAUCUCAACCACAGUCAAUGGAAAGACACCUACCACCGGCACCUCCAACAAUCAGGAUCUGUUGGAUCUGCUUGGUGGACUUGACAUGCCGGUUAGCACGCCACCGGCAGCAAUUCCUCCACUCGGUGGAAGCGUCGGAGGUGUUGGACUGGAUCUAAAUAGUCUGAAUGACAAUAGUAUUAAAAUGACAAGUGCAGCACCGGCAGCAGUGACAGGUUCUUCUUCGUUUGGCACACUGGAUAAUUUGCUGAACUCUAAUCUGACAUCGCCAAUGAGUGGAACCAUCCCAGCGGGAAAUGUUGUAUCACCCACCGGCACUGGCGGUCUAAUAAAUAGCCUCGGUACCGGAACUAGCAUCUUCAGCGAUUUUUCGUCGUUCAACAAUAAUGAGGAGCAUUCGAAGACAUUGACAGCCUUAGAUAAGAACGGUCUGCUGGUACAGUUACUAGCAAAGCAGAGCGGUGGAUGUCUGCAGAUUAUCAUGACAGCUGUAAAUAACUCGUUAACCACAUUAGAACAAUAUUUAUUCCAGGCCGCCGUUCCCCGAAGCUUUUCGCUGCAGAUGCUAUCACCAUCCGGGUCCACGCUACCUCCCGGUGGCACAAUUACGCAGGAAAUGCGAAUCUCCAGCACUGCUAAGGCCACCCUUCGAAUGCGACUGCGGAUAUCGUACCAAUGUGAUGGAAGUCCGGUGCUGGAGCAAACCGAGGUUUCCGGCUUUCCCGAAGAACAAACACCGCUUGAAUGAGGUCCGAAUUGGAACGUAAACAUUACGGUUAAGUUUUAGUUCGGCUACAACAGUGUAAUGGAUUGAACAAAUAACGGAAUGCGUCUUUGAUGUUGCUCGGAGUAGUAGUGUUUGUUUUUUGUGUUUGGUUUUAUUUUUGCGUAAGUUUACAUUUCUUUUGAAAUUACCUAGAUACAAUUUUUAAUUACGACCUCCCUUCCUAAACUAACACACCUACUUAUAAUAAACUAUUGUUUUUUAAAAAUAAAUCAACUCCCAAAACUAGCUAACUAACACAUCCUGUUAAUAAAUCUACCCAAGCUACUAAUAAUCUAGCAGAAAUAAUUUGAUUCUGCUAUCUGCUAGUGAUAUUAUAAAUACAUUGACCACUCGUUGGCAUGGAAUCGCAUGCAUGAAGCAUUUUACGAGUGCACGCGAAUAGUUGUAAAUAUUACUAAAAUAGGACAGAUGCGAUAUUAUAUUGUAAUUGAGCCGUGUAAGUAACUGAAAAAAUAUAAUCUUAGGACACUCUGUGUCGAACAGAGUAUAAGGAAUGGCAAUUUAGGGGAAAAGUGAGCUCAAAAUACGACACACAAACCUUUACAAGCGAUGUGGUUUUCAAAAAAAAAAACUCUUGAAACAUGAUAAGUUUCCAACCAACAGUUCAUUUUAGGUUGACAUCGUUGCGUUCUGAAAGCGAUGGUGUUACGUUCUGAUAAAGCAAGUGUACUGUUUUCCGUCCAAGAAGCCCAUUUAAGCAUGUGGGGGAGUGCCGUGGGUGAAGCAAGCGUUAUCGGUGAGGGAAGUUCAUAGAAUUUUCUUUCUUUGUGUGCUGUCUAUUUGUUGCUGAUACAAUUGGUGAGCGUGAGCUUUUUCGAACAACUUAAAGUGAUUUUCAUUUACUCUAGUUUUCUCGGCAUGAAAAGACAAUAUCUACUUACUAGCUGUGCUUGUCUGAAGCUACGGCUUAGAUGGGGUCAACAACCGCGUUUGUUUUGGCUUGUUCUAUAAGUGCGCGCGAUGCUUUUUGAUUUAUAUAGACGAAGCAGUAUUUUUAUACCAUGAGCUAAAUUAAACGAAAAGGAAAUAAGCAACGGAAGUGACAAAUUUACUACCGAUAAACAAGUAGACGAAUACAUUGUUAUAAAGAACCUAGCGAAUAAUGCUAUAGGUAGCUCGCUAUGAUUUAGGGAAGUAAACUAUAAGACCUAGGCGAACUAACAGAAAGAGCAUGACAGAUUGUGACAGAACAAUAUCAAUGGGUUCUGUUCGUACCCUCCGAGAUGAGAGGGAUAUCCUUGCACGAGUAACGAAUAAACCCCGAUAAACGUUAUAACAGCUAUAAAUAUGUGUAAAAUAAAUGCUCGAUUGUAUAUGAUGGAUUUUGAAA